CGUCUAGCUAUAAAAGUACCAUUCGGUGCAAGAAACUUGGCAAUUUUGAGUUUUAAGUUGCCAAAGUGAGAACACGAAGAACGAAAGGAAUAGUGAAAUGAAACAAAUCUUCUUAUUUGUGUCGUUUUUAGCGGUAGUGGCUCCUACCUUGGCUGCUACAGAUACUUUCUUCUGUUACUUUGCUACAUGGGCAACGUAUCGGAAUGGAAAUGGAAAAGUUGAUGUUGAGGAUAUCGAUCCGAAUCUAUGCACUCACGUAAUUUACACCUUUGUGGGAUUAACAUCUUCAGGAGAUGUGAAUUUGCUGGAUUCUUGGUAUGACAUAAGUCUAGGAGGAUUUUCGAGAUUCAUGAAUUUGAAGAAACAGAACCCAAACCUAAAAUUAAUGGUGGCAAUGGGUGGCUGGAAUGAAGGUUCAACAACCUACUCUAAUGUGGCUAAUUCACCUAGCUUGCGUGCCGCCAUGGUGUCAAAUGUUGUUGCAUUUUGCAAAAGAUACGGAUUUGAUGGAUUUGAUCUAGAUUGGGAGUAUCCUGGUCUCCGAGGUGGUGCAUCCACGGACAGGGCGGCUUUCAUUGAGCUUUUAAAGGACUUAAGAACGAGGUUUAACAGUGAAGGAUUACUUCUAACAACAGCCGUCGGAGCUUCAGCACACUUCCUGUCCUCAUCCUACAAUGCUGCCGAAAUGGCAAAGUAUUGUCACUACAUAUUGCUUAUGACCUAUGAUUUACGCUCAGCAUAUGAUGGAGCAACAGGACAAAAUGCACCGCUUUAUGCUAGUUCCAAAGAAUCCUCUGGAGUUUCGACUUACAACGUUGAUGCAGCCGUGAAGGCCUGGAUUGGUGCAGGAGCAGAUCCAGCACGUCUAGUACUUGGAAUCCCCCUAUAUGGCAAAUCGUUCACUUUAGCUAGUUCAGCUACCAAUGGACUAGGUGCUCGCACAACCGGACCAGGACCUAUAGGUCCCUACACUCAGGACCCAGGAACACUAAACUACAUUGAGAUAUGUGAGAAGCAACAACAGGGUGGCUGGACUACUGUUUGGGACAAUGAUCAGAAAGUUCCCUAUACUUAUAAAGGAACCGAAUGGAUAGGUUACGAUAAUGUUGAAUCCGUGAAGAUAAAAGUGGAUUAUGCUAAAUCCUACAACCUUGGUGGAGUUAUGAUCUAUUCCCUGGAACAGGAUGAUAUUCGUGGGGUUUGUGGAGGUGGAAAGUAUCCACUGAUGACGGCGAUUAAAAAUUCCCUGGGAUCUAGUAGUGGGGGAGGUAAUCCAACAACAUCCACGACAACCCAAACGACGACUACUACGAAAGGAACCACAACCACAACUACGAAGGGUACUACAACCACUACCAGGGGGACAACUACUACCACAACCCCUGCCCCCUCCCCAGGAGGAUCUGUGUGCCAAAAGACCGGAUAUGCUCGGGAUCCCAACAACUGCAGCUUAUUCUACAUGUGCGAGAAUAACCAAUAUGGAGGAUUCAAGGAGACACAGUUUGAUUGCAAAACUCUGUGCUUCGAUCUGACGAAGAAUGUUUGCAAUUACUGUAAUCAAGUUAGUUGUUGAACUUCAAGUAAACUAUCAGAGAUUUUUGUGCAACAUUGUGAAAUACAAGAGAGCAUAAAAUAAAUAUCUGGCCAAGACAAAAA